AUGGAGCCUUCCAGUAAGGAUAAAUCUGAUUCUGGGACUACUCUCCAUCUGCAGGAGUUUUCUUCCGCACUUACACCUGAACGACUUGACGGCACCAACUACGUCGAGUGGUCGCUAAACGCCUAAAACAAGAUCUGAGGCAGAAAACGUUGGGGUUAUGUCUUUGGAACAAAGGCUGCACCAAAAGAUAAGAAAUCUGAGGAGUAUGAAACAUGGGAAGAUGAAAACUGUUUGGUUAAGUCAUGGCUUCUUGACUCUAUGACCAAAGAGAUCAGAUCACUCUUCAUUCAUUUGGCUACGGCGAAGGAAAUAUGGGACACCGUCAAGGAGACGUAUUCAGUCAACCAAGAUGCAUCUAGGGCUUAUCAAUUAUAUCGUGAGGUAAUUUCUACUCAUCAAAAUGGAGGCUCAGUGAUUAUAUAUUUUGGAAAAUUAAAAAGGUUGUGGCAAGAGUAUGAUGCUAUUGCAAAUUGUACCAUGGAGUGCACUAAAGAUGUUGAGAAGUAUAACAAUACUGUUAAUUCUCAACGUGUUUAUAUUUUUUUGGCUGGUUUGGAUUCACACUUAGAUGGAGUCCGUGGUCGUGUUCUUGCUACAACUCCACUCCCAAGCAUUCAAGCUGUUUAUGCAAUUGUUUGUGCUGAGGCAAAUCGCCAAGAAGCUAUGCUUGGUAGUGAGUCUUCUGAGGGAUCUGCCCUUGCAGUCAAGAAGUAUCCUAAGAAAGGAGUUCGCAAGUGUACCCAUUGUAAUGGAGAUAAUCAUGUCAUGGAGACAUGUUUUAAACUCCAUGGCUAUCCCGAUUGGCACCCAAAAGGCAAAUCUACUUCCAGUAAUAAGGCAGAAAAUAUUAAAGGCCAUGUUUCUACUGCUGCUGGAUUUGUAACAAAGUCAGAACAUGCAUACGAAGGAGAAGAUUGGCAGUGGUAGACACAAUGAAGGGUUGUAUUAUCUUGAAAAAGUCUCACAACAAACCCAUAAAGGAGCAUUGACUCAUCUUGCG